ACGGUUUGUUUUCGCCGAGAGGAAGAAACGUCGCCGCCGUUCGUAGCUGCUCCUGCGUUCCUAAAUUAACGGUUGUGCCAUUUCGCUUAUAUCUGGUUGGUUUUUCGAUAGCAGUUUUUUCUUUAUUAAACUCGCCAUGGCUCUGUGCGGGGGUGUCGGAGCCAUGGCUUUGCCCAGCGAGCUCAUUGUCCACAUAUUCUCCUUUCUGUCCGACCGAGACAAGCUCCGGGCCUCGGCCGUGUGCUCUCGUUGGAGGGAGUGUCUGUUCUACCCCGCGCUGUGGACCGAGCUCAAACUGCGAAUAGGUGGCGGUGGAUGCUCCAGCUCCGACGAGACCCCGAAGCUUGAGUUCCUCAUGCGAAAGUUUGGCUCUUUUGUGCGAGAGUUGCAGUUGGAGCUCGCACCGGUGGAAGGAAACCUUGGCCACCUGAACAGCGACCCGUCGUCCGCCAGGAUGGACCAACCCCCAGGUCCUGAUAGCGACCCGCAGCACACGGAGCGAUGGAGGAACGCUGUGGCCACCUACUUGGACCAGGUGUUAUGUGUGUUCACCAGCAUCCGAAACAAUAGAAACCUGCAGAAGCUGAGUCUGUAUGGAGACACCUAUAUUCUCCAGCAAGAGGGACAACUAGACGGCUCUCACCUGCAUCUAAUCCACCAGGGGGACAAAAAGAUCAAUGAAAUCCAACAGUUGUUCAUGGAGGUCCUCUCUAACAGCAGGCAGCUGAGGUGGUUGUCCUGUAGCUUCAUGCUGGGUCUGGUGACUCCCUGUUCUCUAUCCUGCCUGUCCAAUCCUUCAGCUGAAACCCUGCAGCACCUAAGUUUACUGGACCAUCAGCUAGGGCCUCUCAUCUCCCCGUCAGAGUUGGAUCGCCUCUCUAACCUUCGAUCUCUGGCUCUGGAUUUUACUGACUUUACAUCUGAGCUUUGUGCUUUGCUGACAUCUCCACGGCAAACUCCACUUCAUCGCCUCUCGCUGCUGCUCAACGGAGCCACUCUGGAGUUUAAAUCAUUAGAAGGGACUGCUACAGAGGAUGACUGGAAGGCACUGGUUCGUGUGAGCACCAACCUGCGAGUGUACAUCAUGGCACUGGAGGUCGACAGCUCUGAGCUCCUCAGGGUCCUAAAGCCCAGCCUUCCCCUUGAGCGGCUUCACCUCGACAGUUACAGCAUGCUGGUGACCGACGCCACGUUGGAGCUCAUCUCCCAGCAGUACAACAAAACGCUGACUCACUUCCUUCUCCUGAGAGAUAGCCCUGACUUCCCUGACCUCAGCGUCAAUCGUAACGAAGACCCUUUGGUCCUCUUGGCAUGGAGAUGUACUCAGCUGGCUGUACUGGUGAUACAUGGUUACACUGUGUGGUCCCAUAACUUGGUGGCCAUCUCCCGACUACGCGGUUCCAGUCUUCGUGUCCUGACCGUCUCCGAGGAGAGCAUCGACUUCGAUCCGGACCAGCCAGUGUACGUGGAGGGCGACCCAGUUCAUAACCUGGUCAAGGAGGUUUCUCUGGGCCUCGGCCGUGUCUGGCAGCCUUGCCUGGAUUCCAGCGUGGUUUUGUCCGAACCCACCCAGCACUUCCACCACGAGCUGCACGCCUUCAGCAUGGGCAUGUAGAGAAGGGAUGGCAAACCCAAGACAUCACAGCCUAAACUUUGUCAAGACCAGACCAGACCAGACCAACAUAAUGCAGGUCAAGAGUAGACCGAAUGAGAAAUCUAACGUGGAUCUUAAGAGCGGUCCAUAAAUUAUAUUUAUGUGAACUGACGUGAGCUGAUUUUUAUUUUUAAAUUUUUUUUCACAAUCAAGUCUGACCACUUUCCCACAUCUUCUUGCUUUGCUACUCUUACUAUCCAGUUGGCCAGUCACUUGAAAAACUGAUUCAAUUUUUGGAUGUUUUAAAUAUAUACUGCGGUUAGAAGUAUUAAGUUAAAACUGGAUUGCUAAUUAAAUUUGAAAAGCAUUCAGUUUGAAUAUGACUCUGAGAUCUCAGCUGGCAGGACUUCACA